GCCAGUGCGCCAGUCAGUCCAGACUCGCCAGACCGACUGCCGACCGCGGCGGCGCCCCGUCUAGACCGUCCCGUCCACACCCUUGCCGUGGGUUCCCGUCGCGCGACCGUGCAGUGCAGUGCAACUUCCCGUCGGCGACACAGCGGACACCCCGCAGCCAGAUCCACCGACAUGGACGACCACGAGGGGAACGACAUCACGAUCGAGCACUUCCUGUCGGAGCACUAUGAGGAAGAGAGCGCUAUCGCCCGCUUCUACGCCGGCAAAGUCAUCUUUGUCACCGGCGGCACCGGUUUUAUGGGUACCAUCCUUUUGGAGAAAAUCCUCAGGUCGUGCCCGAGCGUGGAGAAGGUGUACGUCAUGAUGCGCGGCAAGAAGGGCAAGUGCCUGGAGGAGCGCUUCAAGGAACAGUUCGAGGGGCCGGUUUUCGAGGCCAUGCGGACGCAGCGGCCCGGCUUCCAGCUCAAAGUGUACCCGCUGGAGGGCGACUGCUCGCAGCCACAGAUGGGCCUGAGCCAGGAGAGUCGCGAGAAGCUCAAGGAGGUGAACGUCGUGUUCCACAUGGCGGCCACCGUGCGCUUCGACGAGAAGAUUCGUCUCGCCACCGCCAUCAACGUGCAGUCCACGGUGGACCUGCUGGCCCUCGCCCGCACCAUGCCCGACCUCAAGGCCUUCGUCCACGUCUCCACGGCCUACUCGUACCCGCAGAACAAGAUCAUCGAGGAGAAGUUCUACAAGCCGGACGUGAGCCCGGAGCGCCUCAUGAACAUCCUCAACAGCAUGGAGGACGACAUGCUGAACGCCAUCACGCCGCAGCUCAUCACGACCUGGCCCAACACGUACGCCUUCACCAAGGCCGUGGCCGAGGACGUGGUGCAGCAGCACAGCAAGGGCCUCCCCGUCAUCAUGGUCCGGCCGUCGAUCGUCAUCUCCACCGCCAAGGAGCCGAUCGCCGGCUGGAUCAACAACGUGUACGGGCCCACGGGGGUGGUGGCGGGCGCGGGGGUGGGGCUCAUCAAGGCGCUCUACUGCGACUCGGAGAAGCUGGCCGACAUGGUGCCCGUGGACAUGGCCAUCAACAGCGUGCUGGCCGCGGCCUGGGACAUCGCUAGCCGCGACACCGAGAACCGUCAGCUGGAGCGCGGUGAGGAGGCGGAGCCCGACCCACCCGUCCUCAACUACGUGGCGUCCGUGGACCAGCCCAUCACGUGGGGGCAGUUCAUGGCGCUGAACGCGCGCGGCGUGGAGAUCCCCUCCAUGCGCUGCAUUUGGUACUACGACUUCCGCCUCGUCAAGAACCGCUUCCUGUACCUCAUCUACCAGUUCUUCAUGCACCUCGUUCCCGCCUUCCUCGUCGACAUGGGCUGCCGCGUCGUCGGCAAAAAGCCAUUCCUACAGGAUGCUUACAGGAAGAUUCACAAAUUCUCAACGGUUAUUUCAUACUUCUGUUGCCAAGAUUGGCAGUUUAGAAAUGACAACGUCCACAAGUUAUGGGACAAGAUGAAUAGUAUGGAUCGAAAAGUCUUCGACUUCAACAUGAAAAGAUUAACCUGGGAACAAUACUUUAGGACCUACAUGAGAGGCCUUCGAGUCUACAUUUUAGGAGAUCCCCUUGAUACUUUGGAAGAGUCCAAAGUGAGGUAUAGAAAGCUCAAAUUAGCACAUCUGGCUGUAGUAUGGAGUGUUCGAAUUCUAGUAUUUUGGCUCCUCCUGCAGUUGCUCAGGUGGAUUGUAUUGUAAUUGAUUGUUACCUAGAAUUUAUGUCCUUCGAUUCAUCUCCAUUUAAAGCUGGAUGAGAACUUUGUAGUCUCUGUACUGAAGAACAUAAUUUCCUCCCCAUAAUAGUUUCCUAUUUUUAAAAAAAAAUUGAAAUGUGAUGUAACUUUUAUUUUUGUUUUACUAUAGAAAAAGAACUAGUCAAUAAUUUACUCAGUCCAGCAUAUUAUUUCAUACCUUGAACCUUCGAACCAUAAGACUUCUGUAAAUCCCCGCACAUAUACUUUUCUGUUAUUUAUACCAUGAUCAAACAAUCUUAUAGAGUACGUAUGCAGAAAACAAAACUGUUUGGUCUUAUUGAAUUUGACAAAUUUGGUUACUUUUGAAUAUUUUAUUGCAACUGAUUGACCAAGUGACUACUAGUCCCUUAGAUUGACUGCCAGUAUACAGAAAUGCUACAGUACAUCUCUGCUCAACUUUGUUAAUUCUAAAAGUUCCACAGUCUAAUAUGUUAAGAUCACAUGUAUAUUUUGUAUAGAUGAGCUAAUAAAUGCUUUACUGAAAUAAAGUAUUUGAUGCCAUUUCCAAAUGUAUGAGAGCAUGAGUUGCAAUGGAGACGGAGAAUGGCAUGUCUAAAAAUGAAAGUGAUUUUUCAAGUAAGUAGAAACCUAAUAAAAAGAUGAAAGGAACAUGAA